AUAUAUAUAAAAGAUCGGCCGCCGAGCUGUCAUGGCGCUUAAACCCUUUCCAAACCCUAAACCUAACUCAUCUCAGAUUCUCUGGAACCCUAAUCUUAAAUCCCAACGCCUGCAACGGAUAGAACGCCUGAAACACAGCAAGAUGAGGAACGGGUGGAAGGCACUGUGUCUCCGGAGCUUUUCUCGGAUCUCUGCUCAAAGCUCGAGAAUUGGAUUCCUAAAUCUCCAGGUGAGAGCUCCGGAACCCCAAAAUGCUACCUUUCUUGCUCCGUUUCUCGGCCGGCAUACUCUUGGAAACCCUAGAGACCGCUAUUUCUCGUCGAAGCCGGCUAUCGAUCGCAAGGACCAUAAUCACGCCCUCGUGACGGAGAUCUUUUCGAAGCCUAUCGGUUCUGAUGAGAUCAAGGCUGAAUUAGAGUCCCUCAAUCUCUCGCUGGACCAAGAGACUGUGAACCUGGUGCUCUGGGAUCUCGAAGGGAGCCCUGAGAUCGCUCGGAGGUUCUUUGAUUGGGUUUCGGAGAGAGGUACUGUCAGGUUGAACUCGAGGUCAUAUAAUUUAAUGCUUGAGAUCGUGGGCACGAAGGGCCGGUCAGAGGAAUUUUGGGCUUUUGUUGAAAUCAUGAAGAAAAAAGGGUUCGGUUUAUCAAAAGACGCCUACUUGAAAGUCUCAGAGAGUUUCAAAGAGAAGGAAAUGGAGAAGGAUUUCAAUUUGUUGAAGGAAAUAUGUUUCUUGAAUUCCCACGAGAAUGUAGUUGGGAGAAUGUGUUCUCAAAUUUGCAAGAUUUUGAGACAAGAGGAUGAAUCAAGUGAAAUCAUUCAAAAGAAACUAGAAGACUUGGGUGUAAGUUUGUCAUCUGAUUUGGUCGUUGCAGUCUUGGAAAGGAUUAGCUCAUAUCCUAAGAAGGCUUUAAGGUUUUUCCGAUGGGUUGAGGAAGAUGGAUCUUUUAAAAUCGAUGGUAGAGUUUACAAUGCGAUGGCCAGGGUUCUGGGUCGAGAAGAUUGUGUCGAGGAGUUUUGUGAUGUUCUUCAUAAGAUCAGAAAUGGCAGAUAUCAAUUGGAGCCAGAAACAUAUAUCAAGGUGUUGGAAAGGUUUCUAGAGAGGAAAAUGAGUGCAGAGGCCGUGAACCUUUAUGCGUUUGUGCUGGACAGUUCAGAGAAGCCUUCACCUCGGGAUUUCAUAUUAUUGUUGAGAAAAAUAGUGGUAAGUAAAGACCCAGAAUUGAAUUUGAUUACUAGGGUUGUUCGUACUUUUAUAAAUGCCGGAAAUUCUAUGGAAGGAUCGGUUCUUGGUACAGUACUUAAAUCACUGAGUAGCGUUGGUAAACUAGGAGAGUGUGAUAAGAUCUUGAAGGCCAUGGAAGAAGGAGGCUUUGUAGCAGACAGUUCCGUGCAUGAUCGGGUUGUGGUUGGACUUGUCAAUAGUGGGAGAUUCGAUGAUGCGCUCGAGUAUUUAGAUAAUGGGGAAAAAUCCGGGUAUAGUUUGGAUCCAAAGACAUGGGCAUCUUUAGUUCAAAAACAUUCUCUGGCUGGCGAGUUAGAUAAGGCAUUGCAGUGUUUCUAUAAGAUGAUAGAAAGAAAGGAUGGUGAGAAUGUUGGUUGUGCCAUUGAAGUUUUGGUGAAUGGGUUUUACCAGAAAGACAGAGCAAAAGAUGCAUACAAGAUACUUAAGGAUUUGGUCACUAAAAAGAAUGUAGAGCCUUGGCACACCACAUACAACUUUCUGAUUGAAAGUCUGAUAAGUCAAGGAUAUAUCAAAGAAGCUUGCAGUCUUCUGGGGUUGAUGAAAACCCAUGGGUAUCCUCCUUUUAUUGACCCAUUCAUUGGCUAUAUAUCCAAGUCCGGAACUGUGGAUGAUGCCUUGAGCUUUUUGAAGGCAAUGACUGUGAAGGAAUUCCCUUCAAAAACAGUGUACCUGCAUAUGUUUGAAGAAUUGCUCAAGGCAGGGAGGCAUCAGGUGGCACAUGGUAUACUUUCUAAAUCUCCGGGAUGUGUUCGUAACCAUGCUGAUGUCUUGGAUCUCUUCUACUUAAUGAAGCCAGAUGAAGCUACUGCAGCAGCUUCAUAGUUGACAUGCAGCAGAGGUGUAAUGUUGUUUUUUUUCUACAAAAGAACAAUUCAUCAGUUGGAAUACCAUUUGGUACUGAAUCACAUGCAAAUCAUACAACCGAGUCCUUCCAUAACCUCUGUUGCACUGUAUUAUCACUUCAGAGAUCUUGUGCCACAUCGCUUGGAAAUUGAUGACCAGAAAGCUGCUGAUUAAAAAUGACAUAAUAGAAUAAUUCCCUUUCAUGGGUAAUUUUGUGUUUUCAUAUCUGUAUUUGGCUUCAUAGGCUUCGUAACUAUUUUAGCUAUAUGGCUAAAUGCUUGAGCCUCUGCAGUUUUUUUUUUUUUUUUUUUUUUUGGGGGGGGGGGGG